CUUUACAUGCCGCCUCAGAGAACUCAUGAAAUGCAACAGAGAAAACCCCCCAAAACACUCAUUUCUCACCCUCUCACUCACCCACGCGCUUCUCUUUCCUCGUAUCUUGAAUGGGUGCUUGAAAUGAAGGUGAAGAUUGGGGAACAAGAAGGUCAAAAUGGGAAGAGCACCUUGUUGUAAAAAGGAGGGGUUGAGGAAAGGAACAUGGACACCUGAAGAGGACAAGAUUCUUGUUGACUAUAUUACCAAGAAUGGACAUGGCAGCUGGAAGUCUCUCCCUAAUCUUGCAGGUCUUCUCCGUUGUGGAAAGAGUUGUAGGCUCCGGUGGGCAAACUACCUUCGCCCUGGCAUUAAGCGUGGUCCAUUCAGCGCAGAAGAACUUGAAACCAUCAUUCAACUGCACAGUGUUCUUGGUAACAGGUGGUCUGUCAUAGCUUCCCAUUUGCCAGGAAGAACAGACAAUGACAUAAAGAACUACUGGAACUCGCGUCCAAGGAAACAAAGAGUCAAUCCCAAUAACCAUCAAAACCACCAGAUGUCUGUGCAGAUUGGUGUGAAGCACGAAAUGCCAUCACCAACCAACAUCCACAUGACGCAAUGUGACAAGAGUGCUCUUGGACUGGCAUUUGAGAAUGAGAUGCACUGCGACCCGUUCUUGCGCCUGUGGUGUUCCGAAGCUGGAGAACUGUUUCGCGGUUCAAAGAAAUCAUGUCCAAGCCCAAUGUCUCAAGGAGCUUCUGGUUCGUCGGCGAGCAAGUUUGAGACAAGUUCUGGGAUCACUCUUCAGGAGAAUGAACUUUCUUUAAAGAUUUUCAGCCCAAUGCCUGUGAAUUGCAAAGUAGAGGUCGAAGAAGAUUCAAAAUGCUAUAAACUGGAUGAUGAUGAUGAUGAUGAAGAUCCAUCUGAGGCAGCUCUCAAUCUACUGCUAGAUUUUCCUGAGGGUGUUGAUGAAAUGGGAUUCUUGCGUGAUGGGUCAGGAGAAACACCUGCGGAGAAGGUAGGGGGCGGCGGCGGGGUCCGUGCAGGCGAAGACGAACAUCAACACGAGAAAAAGUCGGUGCUGAAGAAAGUGAAAGCGAAGGCCAAGAAGAUCAAGGACACGCUUAAGCAUCACGGCCACGGCCACGAUGGUGAUGAUUCGCUCGAAGAUGAUGAUGACGAUGAAAUGGACGUUGACCCAGACGUCCAUGGCGGUCAUAUUGGUGAUGGAGUCAACAACACUGCCACACAGCACAGAACUCUGGAUGAUUUAGGUCAUGGGGAGAAGCCAAGCCUUAAGCCAACGAAACCCAAGAAGGAUCAUUGUGGUUUAGGGUUGAAAGAUGAAGGUAUCAUCAUACCUGAUGAAGCAGAAGUAGAGCCCAGACAUGCCACGGGAAUCACUCGUGUGCCUUUGCAAAGGCACCAGCCCGACCAUGGCAGCACCGGCGGUGAUGUCCUGCAGCAGCCCAGGGUUGUAAGAAUUGGAGCACCAGUUGGUCUAGAGGAGGAUCCUCAAGCCCCGUCCGACCAUCCCCACCUGCCCUCAAACUAUCAGAGUAAAACCUCUGAUCCAACCGGUGUUGGUGCCAAUGAGGUGGGGUUAAGCCCGCUUAUUCAAUCGUUUGGGAAGAUGGAAGUUGGUAAGCCAGAAACAACAACAACAGGAAGUCAUGACCAGUUUGCUCCGGGAGACAAGUAUACGCCUGUGGAUCCAAUUCCCAAGAGGUUUGAUCCGACCAAACCCGAAGACCUUCCCAUUAAUCCAAUUGAUGGAAAGCCGUCAGAUCAACAUGGUAGGAGCUAUGUAGGCAAAAGUGCAGAAUACGCCAAGAGCACGGCAAUGACCGUGGCUGAGAAAUUGGCACCCGUGUAUGAGAAGGUUGCAGGUGCUGGAAGUGCUGCAAUUGAAAAACUUCCUCUGGUUGGUGGACAGAAGGGAAAGGAAGCAAGCAGAGAUGUGAACGAACAUGGCGAGCAAGGAGGAGGAGGAGGAAAGAGUGUUACGAGCACGGUGAAGGAGAAACUGGCACCGGUGUAUGAUAAAGUAACAGCUGCUGGAAGCUCGUUAAUGUCGAAAGUUCAUGGCCCUGGAACAGGGGAGGCCAUUGUGAAGGGGAAUAAGGAAGGCCAGGAGGAGAAAAGUAUUAAGAGUGAUAAAGGAGUGUCUAUGAAGGAGUACUUGGCAGAAAAAUUGAAGCCCGGAGAGGAUGACAGAGCCCUGUCUGAUGUGAUUUCCGGAACCUUUUCAAGGCAGAAGGAGGUACCAGAGGAAGCAGGGAAAGCUACUAGGCCGAUGGGAAAAGUGACCGAAUCUGAGGAAGUUGCAAGGAGGUUGGGAUCUAUUGACGAUAGUCCGAGAGAGGAAACUGGAGAGAAGAGUGUGGUGAAUAUGCUGAAAGGGGCAGUGAACUCGUGGCUUGGGAGAGACAAUGAGGUGAAGGCCACAGCUGCAGGCCACAACACAAAUGAGACUCAAAGGGAAAGGGUUCAUGAUAAGAAUGCAAUGGGAGAGAGGCGACUUCAAGAAUCUGGGCAGUGAAGAACAAUAUACAUAUAUUCUGGGAAGGGAUAUGAUUUUGUUGUGGGUUUGUGGUGCGCGUAUAAUGUAUAUGCAUAAAGCUUCGUAUAAUGUGUAUGCAUAAAGCUUCAUCUUCUGGGUAAUAAUAAGUUGUGUGGUGU